AUGGGGUGGGGUGCCAAUAAUACCUUAUCCCAGUACUUAUACUGGCUUAUGGGAUUUGCCAAUAAUGCACAAAGAGUGUAUUAUUACAUUAUCUUAUCUAACUGUGUAUUUGUUAAUGGUGGAGUAGAGGUUGAAUGUCGCAUUGCCCAACAGUGUUUUGAGGUAGCCGCUUCAAACACAAUAGUUGCCGGGCAGUGUUUUGAUGUGAUAAAUGCAGGCGUCCAGUCGUCUACACUGAAUCUACCUGUGCAUGAAACAACUGCUAUGCUUUAUAAUGGGUCUCAAACAGCUGAAGUGUUGUACACAACGACUAGAGAUCAUCCCCAAUCAAGUGGUAGCUGGACUAGUAUAACCCCAACUAGAGAUCUGACAACUAUGCCCCGUGUAUCCCGCCCUGCAGCAACAAAACCUAAUGAGCAACAAGCGACUACGGCAAGACACGAUGAUCAAGUAACAACAACAGGAAUAUACUCGCUCCCUCCAACAACGACAAAACUGGAUCCCCCCUCGCAAACAACUGAUGCUUUUACACUAGUAUAUCAUAAUGUGACAAACAGUCCUCCCACAGCUCGUCAAAAUGAAGCUAUAUUACCCGCAAUAAUAACAAGUGUUUUAGUGUUUAUAGUAUGCUGUGUCGUCAUUGCUAUUCUCAUAGUUAAGAAGCUUAAAAGACAGAAUCAGUUGAACAAUCAUUUUAUAACUGGGGUGGAGUUGAGAGGGGUGUACAACCAAACGACUGAAGUUUAA